UUUAACAUUAUGAUUGAGUUAAAAAUAGACAGAUGUUAGGUGACUAAAAGACACUUUUACCGUUUAAAUCCACGAUUACCUAGUGUUGUUAUAGAAGAUAUUAAUUUUUUGUGCGUUAAAAUGGGAAGUGAUUUUGAACAAAUGUAUUUUGAUUUGAACGCACUGCUGCAAGAUAUUUGUAAGUUUUUGUCUUCUGAUAAAUUGGAGAAAUUAUCACCAAAAGAUCAAAAAUUAGCCGAAUCUUUGAUAAAUAGAUCCAAACAACAGCUCCAAAAUAUAGCUAAAAUUCAACCGCCCUUACAGCCUAGUGAAGAUUAUGUUAUCAUGAAUAAUCCAGUGCCUAACGAAGACGAUGACAAACCAAAUGAUAUUUAUUCGUCCGUAGAAGAUCUACAUAAUAUAUCAGAAAACCUUUCCAAUAGACAUAGCGUUAUCACACAGUCAAGUGAGAUUAAAUUAUUUACAGAUCUCCCCGCCAGAGAAGCUUCCCAAAGUACUAAAGCUGGUUGGAUAUAUAUGAAAAGGAAAUUCCUGUUGGGUUUCGAGAAAAUGAAACGGGUUUACGCAACUAUACAUAAAAAUUGUCUGCUGAUCUAUUUAAAUGAAAAGGAACUUAAACCUUUGUCAACUUUUAAUCUAGAAUAUUUUGAAGCUAAGGAAUCAAAUGGAGACAAAUGUAAUUUCCAACUAACGAGUACAAUGCCAGAUGACACUAAGAUUUUACAUUUUAUUGCUUUAACUCACAAGGAUAUGUUGCAAUGGACAACGCACAUUAACAGCUGUCAUGACAAGGCAAUAACACAAUAUAAAAUUGAAGAAGAUACCAUUUCACUUCCAGAAACAGUUUAUAAUAUUUCGCCAGAUGAGGAUGAGGAUGAUUCUGACGGUAUUUAUGAACAACUUACGAUGGUUAAGAAGCCAGCUACCCUAAAUCAACCAUCUCUACAACCUUCAAUGGCAGAUUCUAAUAGCCCACUAAAUUCACCAACUAAGCUUCAACCAUUUUUGCGACGAGGAUCAAAGACAAAAGGUCCUUUAAAGAUACCACCACCACAAAUAAAACCCAGAGUUCUCGAGAAACAAAGUUCUGUGGAGUCAGACGUUUCGUACCACGAAAUUAGCAGUUAUAAUGUUGGAAAUAAAGAUUUUAAUAGUGACUCAAUUAACAGUUUGGAAGUUGAUGAUUCUUUUUCGGAAGGCAGUGUUGAUUCAACUUACGAAACCUUCUCCAACGUUCAACAAACGAUAAAAAACUUCAAAACACUCGAAAAAAGCGGCGUUGGCGAUAGACGUAAGAGUAAAGCCAUUGAUGACCGACCUGCUUUACCAGUUAGAAAGAAAAGCAUUUAAUUUAAGUGGUUUCAGUAACACAUGCUGCAAUUUUACAUUUUAUUCAGC